AUGAGUAUCGUAAACAAUUUCAAGAAUAUCGACUAUAAAUACUGUAAUUUAGCAGUUCUCAGUGCUUUUGCACUGUUUCAGUCUUCAAGAUGUUUCUUUGAAAGAAGUUCUGAUAACAUCAUUGGAUCGUACGUUAGCCAGAAGAAUCAAUCUGACAAUGGAAGCCUUUCUACAGAUAAUUAUAGAGAUUUGAAGCUGAAAAGGUUAGAUUCUUAUGGAUUCUGGGCGAUUCUGGAGGAUAGAAGCAGAAAGGAAUACAUUUACAUGAAAUCUAAGAAUCUUAAGGAGGGAAUGAAUAAAUUUUUGUCCCUAAAGGAGUUCAAAGAUAAGCCCUAUUUGCUGAAGAAGAAACUUCUGGGACUCCUUUCAAACCCUUUUAAGGAGGCGCAAACAUCAGAGUGGAUAUAUACCAAGACCUCAAAAACAACAUUCCCAAGUAACCAGGGGCCAAACACCGCUGGAAUCGCUACUUUAACAGUUUUUUUGCUCGGCUUUUUGUGUACAAUGCUCUUUGGAGUUUUCAAGUCUGUGGAUGUAAUUAAAACUCUUGCAUGCGUAAACUUCAUCAAGACUUGUUGUAAGGAGAACAACAAAGUGACCAAGCUCAUCGGCAAGGACCUGUCAAUUAAAAGCGUAGAAGGCAAAUUAACGAGUAAUUACUUCAACGGGGACGUGUUGGUUUCAGGAGAUGAUAAAAAGCAGUUAUUGCUGGUAACUCCAACUGACAAUGAAAUUUUAUAG